AUGGCGAGGCGCAAGAAAAUCAUUCAGAAGCCUGGAUCUAAAUCAUCUCCGAUCGUGAGUAGUGCUAGUAAGGAAAUUCUUGAAAGAGUGGAGGUUGAAGAUGAGGUGAGGGGGGACCCCCUGGAGGAGAUCUUUGCAGACACGUUGGACGUUUUUCAAGAGGUUGGGGAGGAGCAGUCUCUGGCUAAGAAGCUGCAGAGCAAGAUUUUUCAGGAAUUGGCUAAAGAAAAAUGGUCGAAAUUUCAAGACUCCUUUGCUGCUCAGGGUGGUGUUCGACUCAAUUAUGAGGAACCAUUGCUCCGUGAAGGUCAAUUGAUAGCUCAAGUUGAUAAGGAAGAGAUAGAAGUGGAAGCUUCUUUUUGGCAAUCUGCAAUGGUUUGUGUAGUUUUGGGUGCAAAACCUCCCUUAACUGUGUUUGAAGGUUUCAUAAAUCGCAUAUGGGGUAAAUUGGGUAUUGAAAGAAUUGCUCGUAUGAAUGGGGGUUAUACUCUAGUAAAAUUUAGGGAUGAAGCUACUAGAGACAUGGUGUUAGAAGCUAGUGUGGUACACUUUGACAGAAAACCUGUUUUGUUGAGGCCUUGGUCGACCGAAUUGGAUAAAUUGAGGAUGGUGAAAUCAGUUCCGGUCUGGGUUCGUCUACCAGAUUUGGGUCUCCAGUAUUGGGGCCUUAAAACUCUGAGUGUACUUGUUAGCACUAUAGGUAAGCCUAUGAUGAUGGAUAAGGUAACCAAGGAUAAAUCAAUGGUGAAAUUUACUAGAGUACUAGUGGAUGUUGAAAUUUCUGAUCGUAUUCCUCAUUGUAUAAAUUUUAUAAAUGAGCGGGGUCAAUUGAUGGAACAGGCUAUAGAAUUUGAAUGGCUACCUACACGUUGUUCUUGUUGUAAGAAUUUAGGUCAUGUUGCUUCUAGUUGUAAACAGGCUCAGGAGGUUCAUUGGAAGCCAAAGCAGAAAGCCUCUAAAUCUGAUAAAGGGGAUCCUGGAGUUUCUACCAAUUUGAAUGAGCCAGCUCUUGAGGAUAGGUCAAUGGAUCCUCACCUUGUAAUAGCAGAAAAGGAGGUUCAUCAGAAUGUCAAGAGUGAUCAGUUGGCUGUAACAAGAGAGUCGAAGGCAUGA